AUGACAAUUGGUGAUUUGAAACAGAAACUGCAUGUGGAACCAAAUUCACAUUUAGGACGUCCACACCAAUCCGAAAAUUGGGAUAAUCGACGUCAGCUGUCCGAUUACUUUGUCAAGGAUCAUGAACAGUUGGUUUGUGUCGUGCAAUCGAUCAAAGAAGAUGGACAAAGUUCAUGUGAUGAUUAUGAUCAAUGGAGUCGUUGGUUUGCUGGUAAAACACGAUCUCCACAUGGUGCUAGUGUUCGUCAUAUACUCGAAUGGUCGGUACACACAUGUCAACUAUUAAUUGUCGAUGUAUAUUAUGAAGAUGAGAGUGAAUCAUAUUUUUUACCACUAGGCUUCUUACCAUCGAAGCCGGAUGAUUUGUCUGAAAAUGCUUGUAUUAUCGAGAUUACUCGAUCGAAUGGUGACCAUGCUCUACUCAUCGAUGCUGUUUAUGACGAGUCAUUUCGCCGAGCACUAUUUAAUCAUUUUAUUAUUGGAACAAAUGACAAAUCUCUUUCAAUCACUCGUUUCGAAGACUUUGAUGAUUUCUAUCAAUCGUCGGACAUUCUAUCCACUGAUUCAACAAAUUCAUUAAUGGUAUUUAAUGAUAAGUAUCUGUUUAAACUUUAUCGAAAACUAACGACAGGUCAAAACUUGGAAGUUGAAAUGCUCACUUUCAUUGGAAAAUCGGAGGAUUUUUCAAAUCAUAUACCAACUUGUCUUGGUAGUAUCGACUGGUCGGAUCAACAAGGUUCAACUAUGGUUUUAGUACUUGUGCAAAAAUUUAUUCCAAAAGCAUAUGAUUGUUGGUCGAUGAUUUUCGUUUUCGACGAAUAUCAACCACGAACAACUCAGGCCUUAGAUCAAGAUAAUAGAGAACAAUAA